AUGGGUGUGCACGAUCUGUGGUCUAUCGUGGAGCCGGUUUGUGAGUCGGUUCCGCUGUACAGUCUGAGUAGAAAGACGCUUGCAGUUGACCUGAGUUUGUGGGUGUGCGAGGCCCAACAUGUUCAAGCAAUGAUGGGGAGAGUCACCAAGCCCCACCUCAGGAAUCUAUUUUUCAGGGUGUCUUCUCUCACUCUAAUGGGGGUGAAGCUGGUCUUUGUCAUGGAAGGAGAUGCCCCUAAACUCAAAGCAGAAACUAUGAGCAAGAGGACAGAAAAAAGAUAUGGAGGAUUUAAAAAGGCUGCUGCUGCUGCCCCUAAGUGCACAACAAGCACCGGUAGAGGGCGCUUUAAAGCUGUGCUCAGAGAGUGUGCAGAGAUGUUGGACUAUCUGGGUGUGCCAUGGGUGACAGCUGUAGGGGAGGCCGAGGCCAUGUGUGCAUAUCUGGAUUCACAAGGCCUGGUGGACGGCUGCAUCACCAAUGAUGGAGAUGCUUUCUUAUAUGGAGCCCGGACUGUCUACAGGAACUUCAAUAUGAACUCUAAAGAUCCUCAGGUGGACUGUUACAGGACUUCCCGUGUUCAAACAGAAUUAAAUCUCUCCAGAGAGAAUCUUGUUGGUCUGGCCGUCCUUCUUGGUUGUGAUUAUAUUCCUAAGGGCAUACCAGGAGUUGGUAAAGAGCAAGCUCUGAAGCUCAUCCAGACAAUCAAAGGACAGACACUUCUGCAGAGGUUCAUCCAGUGGAAAGAGGAUAAUGCAGGUGUGUCUGAGGGAGUCGUAAAGAAGGUUACUCACUGCCACGUUUGUCGACAUCCUGGCUCAGCAAAGGCACAUGAACGUAGUGGCUGCGUGCUCUGCGACAGUAAACAAUUCUGUCAACCUCAGGAUUUUGAUUACCAGUGUCCCUGUGACUGGCACCGCCAUGAACGGACCCGCCAAGCUUUGUCAGUUGAGGCAAACGUCAGGAAGAAAACACUGGCAAACCAACAGUUCCCUUUUACAGAGAUUAUUAGUGAGUUUCUGGUUUCCAAGGAUACGCCUGUGUCACAUUUAAAGAGGAGACAGCCAAAUAUGCUGUUAAUACAGAAAUUUGCCUACGACAAGAUGGAGUGGCCAAAGCACUACACCAGUGAAAAGGUUCUAGUUUUGAUGACCUACGCAGAGCUGAUGAACAGAAAAUAUGGAAGAGAGAUGUCUUCACAAAUCAAACCCCUACGAAUAUUUAAACCAAGAGUGAGGAACGCAAUCGCUUGCUUCGAAGUCAGCUGGAGCACACCAGCUCAUUACGUCUUUCCUGAGGAUCGGCCUGUGGAGGAUCAGUGUGAGGUGAGGACAGUGGAGGAAGAGUCUCUCUUUCGUGUGGCCUUCCCAGAGGUGGUAGAGAGCUACCUGAGGGACAAAGCUCUGGCUGAAGAGAACAAGACAAAGAAGAGGAAACCAAAGAGUAAAAAGGAGAAGCCAGAGGGAUCUGAUAAUAUUUCUGACCUCUUGGCUCAGAUGACCCUUCAGAGUUCCUCUUUGGCAACCGCUACUAUUCAACCACCAACGCUGCUGCCGACUGUUUCAGUUCAAAAAGAUGAAGUGGUGGUUUUGGACACUCCAGUGAACCAUAAACAGCAUCAAAAACAGAAAGAAACCUGCAGUGCCCUGGGUGACUGUCCCAACACUCCUGUGUCUCAUGCUGACUCAGAGGCUGCUUCACCUUCUGUCUCAGUUGUUAUCGACGCACUGCACCUGAGUGAUAUCGACUGGGAUGCCUUGUCCUUCACAUCUUCCCCACCUCCUCCACAAACGGCACCUAACCCCACCACAGAUACUAAACCAAGCAAAACUGAAAAUGAAAAAGAAAACACCAAGCUGAAAACCUCAAGUGACAUUAAACAAGCCGAGUCCAAAGCUGCUCCAGAGCUGUGCUACACAGAAUGUCCUCUAAGGGACAGAGUGCUCAUGAGAAACACAGCCAAAGCUAUGAACCAGAUGGAUAUACACAAAGAUGUGGUCUCAAAACAACUGAACUAUGAGUUACCCUCCCUGGAAUGUGUUUCGUCUCAUAACUCAAACUUAAAACCAAACGCACAGAUCUCCAUUAAAGACAGUGAUCACAGUAAGUUGUCAGGAAAGGAAUCGGCUGUUAAAAAAGAGCCGCUCACUAAUAAAGGCCAGUGUGUAACAAAUAAGGCAGAAAAAGAAACUCACACUUCAACACAGCAGUCAAUACUUGCAGUACAAGCUCAAAGUAAGACAAAGGACACCAAAAAGCCUCCUCACAAAUAUAAAUUUGUCAGGACCGCCAUUAUAUCAUCUGCUGCCCCACCACAGAGGUGCCACUCUGACCCAGGUAACAGCGACAAAGACAGAAACAUGCCCAAGACCACCAAGAAGAGCGUGUGUAUGAGCUUGUGUUCAUCCAGUGAAGACAGCGACACAGAGAACCAGCAGCUUGGACCUCAAAGAAAGACAAAGAUCAAACCCAUAAACAAAAUCAAGGGCAGAUUGCUUUUAGACUUCCCCCUGAAACCUGUUUCUAAGACAGGCAAACCAAUGGCAAACACGGCUCAUAGCGUCCAAUUAGGACCAAAAUCUCAGAGACAGAGUGUUGAUGUUAAGAUAAACAGCGUUCCCGUGUCAACUACAAGCAAGUGCCAGGAGGUCCCAGCAGCUAGUGUGCACGAUGACGUGUUCCUUCAGACUCCAUCAUCACCUGUCAUUGUGUCAGAUAGUGAUGACUCAGUGAUUUGUAGUGAGAGUCCGCUGCCACUGGCAGAGAGACUGAGACUGAAAUUCCUGAAGUGA